AUGCAUAGAGUACAAAAGAGCUACACAGGCGAUCGAGGGUACAAAAUUAGUGCUCGGUCCUGCCUAGACUGUCAUCGGCGCAAGGUCCGUUGUGACCGAGGAGUGCCUUGUGCCCAUUGUUCCAAAGCUGGCUUGACUUGUGUCUAUCCGAAGAAAGAGCAUGAACCAAGGGCUCUUACUUUGCAAAACAUAUCCGAUCGCCUUGUUCAAAUGGAGUCUACCUUGUCCCGUGCUUGCCAGGCUGGGGUAUCUGCUGCCAGUGACUCAGAUCAUCAAGUUCAACCUGGGGUAGAUUCUCCGCCGACUCAAAGCGACAGCAAGACAUGGGAGCUACUACUCAAUGACGGGAAUGUUGUUCAAUACGUGAACAACUCAAAUAUCAAAGACCUCCUUCAAGACACAUCGUCAAUCCAGCCAGGCCCCUCCUUAGGCGUCUCUUCCGGUAUCUUGCAAUGGUAUCCGGAGCCGCAAUUGGCCCUUCAGUUAUGGGCCGUGUAUGUCAAGUCAGUGGACCCAGUACUCAAGAUUCUGCAUAUACCGACCACCCAAUCCGCCGUAAUAUCAACAAUUCUCGACCCCAAAUCGGCGAGGUCGUCUAUGAUUGCGCUGACAUUUGCCAUCUACUAUGCUGCAACCACAGCUUUGAGUCACGAUAACGAGGCUAUUGAGCUCCCACUGGGGCAACCAGUACUGUUGGAACGUUGCAAAACCACGUUGGAUAAGCUUCUCUUGAGCCCAGAAGCCAUGAAGCGACCAGAAAUGGCGCUAUUACAAGCUCUUGCAAUCUACGUUACAUGCUUACGGGUUCACGAAACCGGCCGGAGUGUAUGGAUUUUAAACGGGCUCGCAAUCAGAUUAGCCCAAUCAUUUGGGAUACACCGAGAUGGUGCCUGUCUCCGUCUAAGCCCAUUCGACACAGAGAUGCGUCUCCGCUUGUGGUGGCAUCUAUGCGUGCUCGACUCUCGCGCUCCAGAAGAUCAAGGAUUCGAACUGACCCUCGAUGUGCUCCACCGCGGAUUACGACUCCCCCUGAAUAUAAACGAUGACCAAUUAUUCCCCAGCAUGACUCAACUUCCAGUGGAGUCGGCGGGUUGGACAGAAAUGUCUUUCUUCCUCAUCCAAACCGAUUCAUGUAGAUUACUACAUCCAAUCCUUGGGACUCGGGAACAAAGCUCUGCGCAUGCUCUUUCCGACAUCACAGCAAAAAGAAAGAUGAUUAAAGAGAGGAUUAACUUCAUGUCCUCUAAAUAUGAGACUACUUCUUCCACGGCAAGUCAUCUCUCACGCAUUGCAAUGCAGCAUCUCGCAACCGCAUGCAAGAAAAUGGAAUUCAUGCUCCAACUACGGGAAGAAAUCAGCCUGCAGAAACAGAAUGACUUCCAGGCAACUGAAUCUAAAACAGAAACGCUGAAGCCUUCAUUCAAGCUGGCAUGUGAUUCAAUGGAAUGCAAUUACAUCCUAUUGAAUAACGAAUUCUCUUUAGGAUUCAAGUGGCUCUUCACAACAUAUACCCCGUGGUACGCCCUUGCCUAUGUCCUACGCUGCCUCUGUAACAAUCCUUGUGGACCGAAUACAAAACGUGCAUGGGCAUUAGUCGAGGGAGUUCUCCCGCAUGAAUUAAGCCUGAGUGGUUUCUCGGCGGAGACACAGGGUGAGACUGGACAUGGUAGUAUAUGGAAAUGCCUUGCUUUGCUGCGACGUCAGACUUUGCUGUCAAGGAAUGCACAGCGAACAGUAGUUGGUGAUGACUCGAAUAAUGAUGAUAAUGAGUCUCUAGGGGCUGGACAUGUCGAGAGUCAAGGGACUGAGCUACUUUCUACACAUACGGUGCCAAAUGGAACGUCCCUUCCCGAACUCGGAAUACAUGAGCAAGAUUUCAUUGCUGAUUCAACUCAAAAUAUCUUCUCUACUUGGGAAUUUGGGGAUUCGGGGAUUCCGUUUUUGCCGGAAUGGAAUGCAGUUAUCAAUGGGUCUUUGGCUGAAGAUGAUGUAUUGGAUUUUUGUGAGUAG